UGAGUGAUACGUUGGACUCGUUGGAGUGUUCUAAGUUCAAACUGUGGAACAACGUGGCGUCCUGCAUGGAGAAAUGGUUCGGUGAUAAGCGGCUGUGGUUAUUCGGUAACAACCUGCCUUUGCUACCGAGGAGAUCGCGCGCCAGCAGCCGCGCGAUGGAGCGAUACGAGAAGCUGGCCAAGCUUGGCGAGGGCUCGUACGGCCUAGUGUACAAAUGUCGCAACAGAGACACUGGCGAGGUGGUCGCAGUCAAGAAAUUUGUGGAGAAUGAAGAUGAUCCUCUUAUACGCAAGAUCGCGCUUCGGGAGAUACGGAUGCUUAAGAACCUGAAGCACCCAAACCUUGUGAACCUGAUCGAAGUGUUCCGCCGUAAGCGUAAACUGCACCUCGUCUUCGAGUACUGCGAUCAUACCGUUCUGAACGAGCUAGAAAAACACCCAGCUGGUUGCCCAGAGCUCCUCUCGAAGCAGAUAAUCUGGCAGACGCUGCAAGGCGUGGCGUACUGCCACCGGCACAACUGCAUCCACCGCGACGUCAAGCCGGAGAACAUCCUGCUCACGAGCGAGGGCAUCGUCAAGCUGUGCGACUUCGGCUUCGCCAGGAUGAUCAGCCCCGGCGAGAGCUACACGGACUACGUGGCUACUCGCUGGUACCGGGCUCCAGAACUGCUGGUCGGUGACACGCAAUACAGCGCGCCUGUUGACGUUUGGGCUAUAGGCUGCGUGUUCGCCGAGCUGCUGUCAAGCGAGGCGCUGUGGCCGGGCAAAAGUGAUUUGGACCAGCUGUACCUGAUCCGGAAGACCCUGGGCGACCUGCUGCCGAGGCACAUGACCAUAUUCUCGCAGAACACCUUCUUUCAGGGUUUGGUGCUGCCAGAACCUACCACACUAGAGCCACUAGAAUCAAAACUACCACAAAGAUACGCCCGCAAUGAACUCGUUUUAGACUUCUUACAGAAAUGCCUGGACAAGGACCCGGUGAUGCGGUGGACGUGCGAGCAGCUCCUCCGGCACGCCAUCUUCGAGAACUUCCUCUUCACCGUCCCCAACUCCGAGCAAGCCGACUACGAGCGCCUGCGGAGGGCACAGGUGCAGUCCUCCCCGCUCCUGCCGCAGCUGCAGACGGAGCGCGCGGCGCCGCACAAGGGCAAGAAGGACGAUGCGCGCGCGCACCUCCCCACCAUCUGACUGCAGGGGCUGCCCGCGCUACGCAAACCGUAGCUUAGGGUCUACUGCGC